GGCCACUCCCUCAACAGGGCGGGGAUAGGCGGGGCGGCGCGCGCGCGCCCGGCCGAGGUCUCCCGGCUGCGCCCCGCCCGUCGCCGCCGCCGCCGCCGCCAUGGACAGCGACGAGGAGACGCUGGAGGAGACCGUGGAAGGACAUCUAGACGAUGAUGGCUUGCCACAUGGAUUCUGUACAGUCACCUAUUCAUCCACAGACAGGUUUGAGGGAAACUUUGUGCAUGGAGAAAAGAAUGGCCGUGGCAAGUUCUUCUUCUUUGAUGGAAGCACCCUGGAGGGGUACUAUGUUGACGAUGCCCUGCAGGGCCAGGGAAUCUACACGUACGAGGAUGGAGUGGUGCUUCAUGGCACGUAUGUGGAUGGAGAGCUGAAUGGCCCAGCCCAGGAGUAUGACAGUGAUGGGCGACUGAUAUUCAAAGGGCAGUAUAAGGACAACAUCCGACAUGGAGUUUGUUGGAUAUAUUACCCGGAUGGAGGCAGCCUUGUAGGAGAAGUGAAUGAAGAAGGAGAGAUGACUGGAGAGAAGAUCGCCUACGUGUACCCUGAUGGAAGGACUGCAUAUUCCGGAAAGUUCAUAGAUGGAGAAAUGAUAGAAGCAAAACUGGCAACCCUGACAUCCUUAGAGGAUGGGAAACCUCAGUUUGAAGUAGUACCGGGCAGCCCAGUGUAUGGUUUUGACAAAUCUACUUCAUCCUGCAUUUCUACAAAUGCUCUUCUUCCUGAUCCUUAUGAGUCAGAGAGGGUGUAUGUAGAUGUCUCUCUCAUUUCCAGUGCUGGAGAAGGAUUGUUUUCAAAAAUAGCAGCAGAAGCUCGCACUGUUAUGUCUUUUUACAAUGGAGUGAGAAUUACACACCAGGAGGUAGACAGCAGAGACUGGGCCCUCAAUGGGAAUACAAUAUCGCUGGAUGAUGAAACAGUCAUAGAUGUGCCGGAGCCCUACAACCACGCCGCCAAGUACUGUGCCUCACUGGGGCAUAAGGCCAACCAUUCUUUCACUCCUAACUGCAUCUAUGACCCGUUUGUUCACCCUCGGUUUGGGCCGAUCAAGUGUAUCCGUACCAUCAGGGCUGUGGAGAAGGACGAAGAAUUGACAGUGGCCUACGGAUACGAUCACAACCCUGUGGGGCAGAAUGGGCCAGAAGCACCCGAGUGGUACCAGCUGGAACUGAAAGCUUUCCAGGCUGCCCAGCAGAAGUGAAGUGGAGACUCCUCAGUUCAGCAAACUCAAAAAGAAACUUGGAUCUAUGCACUACCUUUGUACUGAAAACUGGACAACCAGGGAUUGUUCAUGCCGUUGCAUCAUAACUUUGCAUUCUGUGUUAAGAGAUAAGUUUCUUGCAUACUAACUAGGUUUGACUGUGUUACUCAUAGCAGAUUUAAAAUUAGCUAGCGUCGCACCAGUCUUAUCUGGAGAAAUUAUUUAAUAUUCUAUACGAGACGUGAUAUUCUUUGGUAGCUUCUGCUUUUGCACCAUAUGCAAAGAUGCCAAAAGACUAGACAGAAAACUAAAAUGGGUAUAUCGUUCACUUUUAGUUGGCAGACUUAGUGUUGCUCUCUAUCUGCCUAGGCAUUAUUGUGCAACUGCAUUUUGCAUAUCUGCCACUUGUGAUGAUAACAGUAAUAUUUUGAUAUUCUCUAAUAGUAGCAUAAUUUUGCCUUUUUAAACCUUUGAUCUGAAUCUUGCAAUAGAGCAGUUUAUUAGCAUCUAGGAGGCUGGGUUUUAACUCCCCUUUCCUCUCGUCUGAACAUUGUUCUUUCCUUUUUUGCAGGAGAAAAUCCUUUCUAACUAGUGGAAAGGCUUGUACGUGUACGUGAGAGUGCUGUGUGUCGGUCUCUGUGGCUCUCUAAGUAGUAUAGCGACAUGUCCAAGCCUAAUAUUUAUCUGGCCUUUACGGCUGGCUUAUUUAAUUUAAUUUAUGAUUAUGACACGCAAAUGAAGCUGUUCUUUGCAUGAAGAUUAUCUGAAAGGAAAAACAGGACUGGCUUUCCGAAGGUCUUUGAGAAGUACUCGUUCUGGAAGGCAGGUACAUUAAUGGUGUUAGCAUCCAUGAGUUGGUUUCUGUAUUUCAUCUGUUAGGGCGGACAGUUCUCAAGGCAGAAACGAGUUCUUUCAAAGGAAGCACGUGGUUUCUGAGGGCAGGCUGCAGAACUUGGUGGAGGAGAGCAGUAUCUUUUGUAUGUGUUCAGUUGGCAAAGAAUAUAGCUGUCAUUUAGCAGCACUCAGAUAGUGAGCGAAUACGACUAGAGGAAUCAAACUGAGGUUUCAGUGAAAGCUAUGAAGUUUGUUAUUUGAAAGACAAACAACUGAAUGUAAAAACAUCUCUCACUGUUCACAUUUAGAAGCAGCAGUCAAUCCAUAGCUUUGUUACAACCAACAGCGGGGGCUUGUGAAUAUUUGUCUGCAGGGCUGUGUUCCAGGGUUUUUCAGGAAUAGGGGAGUUGUUCAUUUUGUUUGGAUGCUAUGCCGGUCUUGCCUAAUGCUGUAGAAGAGAGAAAUAACGAUCACUUUAGUCUGGAUGCUGGAGCCCAUCUGGGACUGUGAUGUUCUCUUCAGGGCUUAGCAGCUUAGCGACAAAUGAAUUGCGUUUGCAACGCUUUCUUCUAAACAUUUGUAAUUAACAAUGUUUGUAUAUAUGUAACAUAGAUGACUUGGGAAUCAGACCCACCUUUCUAUCGCAGCGUUUGGUUGCUUGAAUGGUUGCAAGUGUCUGGCUGCCUGAGGAGCCAGACGUUGGGCCAUUGGCAGAGGUGGAAGGAGGUUGCCAUCAGUGCAUUUGGAGAAUCUUGGCUUGUGGUAGGAACUGUGAGCGCAGACCUCUCCAACGUGGGGCUCUGCUUAUUUCCUGCGACUUACCACAAAGAUUUUUCAGCACUUCACUGUUGAAGCUUACACAAAAGAUAUUGUCUGUGUGCUGGGGAGGGGUGCAGGCACUCCAGGGGCUUUUUGAUGCUCUUCCAGCAGCGAGCUGAGUGUGAGCUCCAAUGCAACUGGAGACUUGUGCCACAGCUCCACUGCUGGCUGGUCUGAGGCAGCAGAGGUGUUGCCUCCAGGUCUUGGCUGAGUGUGCAGAGAGACAGAAUUGAGCCUCGCAUGUGAGGGAGAAUUGUCAAAGGGCAAUUGGUGGCAUAGCUUCAACCAAUCAACCUCAAUGAGAAAUCUCUGUCUUUAUUUAUUUGUUUUAAUUUUCCCCACUUCCCACAAGUUGUUGUAUUGGAUCAUGGCUGUUUCAGCCUAGUGCUGUGUUGAAGUGCAAGAGGGAGCAUGUGUACGGCUGUAUGCAGCUGUGAGCAGAUGGUAACUCCUUCCACAGUAACCCACUUUUCUUCCCAAUAACCUUCUCUGGAUCCCUCUCCUCCUUAUGCCAGUUAGGGAGCUGUGCUUAAAACAUGCGAUGUCUCGAGCUCCUUUGGCUUUGUUUCUGAUUGGUCCAAUUCCUCUGCUGUCUCCUCUUCACACAGGCCUGAUUGUUUUGGUAGAUUGCUCUGUCCUCCUGUUGUGUGAAUUUAGAGAGAGGCAGAAGAAGAGGGUGCUCUCAGCACAUCAGGUUUGGAGGUAGCAUCAGUGAUUGCAUUGUGAAAUAGGGAAGUCCUAGAAGAAAAGGCGCUUGGCUGUCUCCUUAUGUCCUCAAAAGCCGCUGCUUUGGUGACCGCCAAGCAAACGCUCUUGCUCUUGUGCAUGCCUACAGCCAGCUAGCAUGCUGCAGCUUUGGUCUGUGUUAGCUCUGCUGUCGUUUUCCUCUUCACUCUGUUAAAAUCUCUUGGUUCUCCUAUAGAUCCGUGACAGUGACAUCCAGUGAUGUCACUGGAUGUGACAGACCUUUGAGAAAAGUUGUGAUUAUAAAGCUGCUUUGGCUUGAUUCAGGACCAAGCCCUUGGGUUCCUCUAUAUUUUCUUUUUCUUUGUGGUCUGUUACAGUAGAGGUGGCUGGAAUGGUUUUUACCACAGGACAGUGAAAGGACUCAUGACUGAGUGGGUCCCUUGGGGCAUUUUGGGGGGUGUGUCAUGGCAACCACAGGUUGAAACAGAGGUUAACUACGUAACUCCGAGUGAUGCCUUAACUUGGUCAAUGCAUUUUGCAGCUCAGCUUCUGGGGCUCACUGGAUAGUGAGACCAGCUUAGGACUGCUUACCAAUAGCAUUGUGAGACCCACAACAGAGCUUGAUUUCAGCUUGAAGAGGAUAAAGGAGUUGUUUUGCAGAGUGGUUUGUUUCAGCUAUUGAAUACCACUGACUAUUUGUGAAAACACAAUAAGUAAAGAAACUCUACUUCUCAGAGUCUGCCUGGGUCCUGUUUGGUCAGGGGAGAAGCUGGAAGAAGACAUAGCUGUCAGCUAAAGCUGGGAUAGCUGUCAGCUAAAGCUGGGUGACCAGGAGGAUCAUGGUGUACUCUUUAUGACUAGAGGAUAGUGUAAAAGAAUUUAUUACUGCUGUUUUUUUUUAGGUCCAGGUCAGUUCCCAAAUUCCUCCCUUAGUCUGCACACUUGCAGAUGGCUUCUCUACAAUUUAAAUGUUGUAACCCAUGUUCGUUUGUGAGAAGGAGCCUGUAUCAACCUGUGUUAGUGGCCACUGACCCUCUCUUUGGGGAGGUUAAAAACUAAAAUGGAUCUUUCUGUGGCAGCACUGUGUUUUGUCACCGAGAGCAGAGAAGCUUAGUUUUCUGGAGAGGAAGUUAACCUUGGAAAUGAGAAUGUGAAUAGUUACUGCUGAGAGCUACCUGCUGGGUCACGCCUGUGGGUAACAGGGAAAAGGACUUAGGUCUAGAGAAGGGAUCUCAUAGCGAGUCUGCUGCUAUUAUGUGACUCUCUGGGAUCUGCUGGAAUGAGUAAUUUUCUUUCACAAACCUGAAGAAGCUUUUUUCCUAUUCUUUGGUAUUAAUCAUAAAAACACCUUAGCCUUCAGAAAUCAAAUCCUAGAAGUACCUGGGUAGGGUUCUUUAGCCAUCCGAAUGAUGGUUCUGGUCGCUCUGUGACUUCUUUAGCAGCUACGAUGAUGCCUUCUGGCAUGGGCCUUGCUUUUUGCUCUGAAUGCAGCUGAAGCACAGCAACAGGUGACUCAUGCUGGUUUCGGGGCAGCCAGGGAUGUGCUCAGCCCUGUGAAGCUGUGUGUUUUGGGGCUGGCUAGGCUGACUCCAGCUGAGCCUUUCUAGGUGCAGAGCUUUUACUUGUGAUGCCUGCACAGUAGUUUCUUACUCAGGGCUGCUGUGUUUCUCGGCUGGUGUGGAAGCAGGUGUGCCAUCAGAUGCUCUCUUGCCCUCUGCCAUGCACUGGAGGAGUGGAGGACCUGGUGUUGUUUGGUACCAGGAACUAAGAAGUGUUAGAAAUCCUCACUUGUCUGUUUCCUUCCUGCUUGCCUCUAAGCCACCUCUGCUGCUGAGUUGUCCCCAUCGCUGUUUGCAGCUGGCAGGCAGUUGUCCUUUGGUCAAAGCCAGGGCUCAGUGCUUCGGGUGCAGCAGUGCUGUACAGCAUGGUUCCUGGCCCAGAAUCAUGCCUCGCUGAUUUCUUUUGGCCUUUCAUUUCAGCGGGCAGUGUUUGACCAAAUGCUGCAGUUGUGAUGAGGUGACGAGUUGUACAGGGCUGUCACCCGCUGCUCUGGUUUCCUCUUGCGCAUCAGAACUGCUACUGCUGAGUGUAUCUGAGGAAUUCACUUCCAAGCACUUUAAAAAAACAAAACAAUUGCUUUGAAAACAGUUUGCUGAAGUAUCUCCUUCGGUGCUGAGUCGCUGUGAUGGCCGCCUCCACCUCGCUCAGCACGCACUGCUUUGUGCUGGGGGUGUUUGGGUGAGGAGCACAGGCAUGGGAGCAGCUUUGCCUACAGGUGUAUGUGGGCAUAGUGCUCACCUGUGUGUGGGGGGAGCUGCUUCCUUUUGCUGCAUGUACUGCAAACAUGAGAGCUGAAUGUCUGGGACAGUCUUGUACAGGACUUUCUUUUUUUGAAGAGGUGCAAGAUUUGAGUGCAUGUUUACUUGCCCCAGAUCAAAGGUUUUGAACACUAAGGUCACUAUCAGCUGAAUGGACCCUUCUCUUGGCGCUCUUCUGUCUUCAGGCAAUCCAAGCUGCUGCCCUUUCUCUCCCACUUUUGCUGUACCUAUUGUUGGGUUUUGGUCUUUUCACUUCCAAGAGAGCUAUGUACAGAAAAAAUGAAAGCAAUUAAAUGUUCAAGCCAUAACAUCAUGAGUGCGGGAAGAGCCUCUGCACGAGUUUUAAUGUAUUUAUAUGUGAAACGAUGUUUGUAUGAAAUAUUUUCACGGUAGAAUGCAUAUUUAACAAAAGAAGUUGCGGUAAGAUGAAACAGAGUUGAAAAGGAUGUGUUUUGUAAAGGUGCAACUGUGAUUGGUUACUGCUAAGUAGAAUUCUUUUUCUUUAGGGGAGAUGCAACCAAUUAUUGCGAGCUGCAAUUGCGAGAGGUCCUUUCUGCUGUUUGGGGAAGUAUUUAUGCAGCAUCCCGUGUGGCUGCCAUAACUCAUGGCGAUGGCCAGGCCGGUCACACGUUCAGGACAUACCUCUCCCGCCCCACGCCAGCCCUGUCCAAACGGGGCCCUCCCUCCUUUCUGCGGUUUCCUCCUGUGCGACUUUUCCUACUGUAACUGUACCGGGUUGAACUCUUGAGCUGAGAUCCAGACUAAAGUUGUGUGUCACUCAGCAGUUUCUGCCGGGCCUUCUGCUGUUUUAAUACUCUGUAGCCCAUCCUUACUGGGUCUCUUUGUUCUGAAGAACUAAGUGCUAAAGAAUAAUCCUUGGGGUGAGCUUACACGCGCGUUCACAGUUAACCCCGGCGUAUCUAACUUGUAUACAGUACUUGAUAGGUGUUUUAUGACAUUUGUACUCGAACUAUGAGCCUUACUGAACAUCUGUAGGUUUAUUCAUGACUUUUCAAAAUGGAUAACUCUAAGAAAGAUGUUUACAUGACUGACGAUUGCCCUUCCUUUGAUGUUAUGAAUGAGGUUUUUAUAGUGUGUUUGGGUGUAUGUGCAAGGAAGCAAGAAAAAAAAAACACAAAACGUUUCUGGGAAAAAAAAACAAAAACAAAGCAACAACCAACAAACAGACUCGGGAAACAUUUGUAAUAAGUGAAUUUUAAAGAUCGCUUUAAUUGCGCUACGGAGGCAAUGCAGAUAUUAAACUAUUCAACACAA